CUAUUAAUACAGCUGAGCAAAAGCGUACUGCUGGUGAAAGCUAUCGUAUUUUCAGUUGAAGAGGAAAGGAGUUCCAGUAAACUUGACAAAUUGAAAGGACAUAUUUGGGCAAAUGAGGCUGCUUGUUCAGUGACUCUGGGCACUUAACGACUACUUCACAACCAUGGAAGAAACCAUCUCAUUUACUGAAUCAGCAAAUUCAAAAUCCCUCUCAGCAUACGAGCUGGUAAUCCUGCACACAGCUGAAGCUCAGGAAUGGGCCGCGUAUUUGCAGCAGAUCUUAAAAUCUUCUCGAAAAUUCCGCAAAAGGUCUAUUAUGCUGUACGCGGUGGGCCCAGCAGAUCAGCUCCACGGAUAUAACUUUGAAUAUUUCCAGAGUUGCAAGUGCAUCGUGCUGCUCCUCACCGGAGGGUUCCUGGAAAUGCUCUGUGAAGCUGACCUUCAGGGCGCACUUCAUGAACUCCUUUACCCACCACACAGAGUGGUCGUGCUGCUGUGCGGCAUCUCAGAGAAAGACGUACAGACAGAGAGUUUUGAUGGAUGGCAGAGCUGGAGAAAAAUCAGUUCUGAAGAUGAGCCUGUUGUUUACGUCAGCACCAUUUUGGAGGCCAUCACUGACAAUAGACAAGUGGAGGCUGAACAUGAGAGCAAAGCUGCAGCAGCAUUUCUGACUGAAAAUCCCACCAUUGAUGAAAGAGAGGAAGUGGUGUCAGGGGAGCUAAAAGAAACUGUCCUGAAUGAUGAAGAAAAACCUGCGAGCACAAGGGAUUCACCUGAUGAGGAAGUUAGUGCUCCGUCGCACUUCAGCUGUCUCACAGUUCAACCAAGCAGAGUUCUCUGUGGGCAACAGGAGAUGCUGUUCAUCAUUUUCUCACAGAAACUAGAUCUCCAGUUGACACCACAGGUGGAAUUUUCAUCUGAAAGUGAAGCUGCCAAAAGGCUCACAGGCUUUGUGGAGAAUGAAUACACGAUAAGUGUUGCUGCCCCUGAUAUGCCUGCUGGGGUGGUCUCACUCACAAUGCACAUUGACGGUUCCUGCGUCAGCUUGAAGCCUGUUACUUAUUAUACCAGUAUGGGUGAAGUCAGUCGGUUUCUUGAUCAGGCCACUGAUCCUGUUAACUUCAUCUGCCAGGCCUUCAACUUGACGUCCAAUGCAACACAAUCACUGGACAACAUGCUAUCUGACUCAUUAAAAUCCAGAAUUCCUGCAACUGGUCUUCAGCUCUUUGGAAUCAGACAGAUCGAAGAAGACAAUAUGGCGACAUAUCAGCGUAAUGUAGAGCUUCCCACGCUGCUCCACUUUGCUGCUAAGUACGGCCUGAAGAAGCUGACCACCAUCCUCCUUCAGUGUCCUGGGGCUCUGCAGGCUUACAGUGUGAUGAAUAAACACGGAGACUACCCAAACACGCUGGCAGAGAAGAGUGGCUUCCUGGAUCUCAGACAGUUCAUGGACGAAUUUGUUGAGACGGCUGAUAUGCUCAAGUCGCACUUUGAAGAUGCUACUAACACGGAGGAGGCUGCAGAGGUGUACGAACUCAUGAAAACUACAUCUCAAGAUAUCAUGAUGAAGUACUCAGGUUGUUCAGAAGACAUAUACGAGUCAAUGCUGGGGAUUGACCCUGAAUGCGCAGAGGACCUAUAUGAGGUGAUGAAUGUAGUCGAUGAGAACCCUGAAGAAGCUAUGCUUCGGAAGUUUUUCCAAGCAAAACCUCACAACAUUGUAACCCAGGACAGCAAUGAGCAGCCUGAAGAUGAGCAAAAAGACAAUCAGAAUGACUUAGAUCAAAUUGAAGAAGAGGAGGAUCCCUACAACAUUUUCCCAGAGGACAUCUACGAUAUUGUGGAUGCAAUUAGCACCUGUAAGCCAUUAAUCCAGAACCGUCCACCAGCACCGAUCCCCAGACCUGAGGCCACGCCUGAGACUGAAAAAACCAUGACCUACAUCUCUAGAGUGUUUUCAGAUAAAGCGACAUCCAAGAGUAAAACAGAGGAGACAGAAUAUCCUGCAGUUCGGCCUGCGAUGGACGCCCCAACGCCUGUGUAUGACCCCUAUGCUGGGAUGAAGACCCCUGGACAGAGGCAGCUCAUAUCUCUGCAGGAGAGGGUGAAAGUGGGAGAAAUUACUGUGGAGGAGGCCGUCCAAGAGUUCAAGGCCUGGCAGUUUGACCAUGAGCGGAGGGCGAAUUCCAUACGCUAUCAGAAGGAAAAUCUGAAGAGAUUACGAGAGAGCAUCACCAGGCGUCACAAAGAGAGAGAAAAGACAGGAAAAGAGCUUGAUUAUGAGAUAAGCGCUCCAUUGCAGAGGAAUUUAUACUGGGGCGCCAGUACGACAUUAGAGUGUGCAGUGUAUGAGCCGGUGCCCAGAAUUGCGCCCCUGCCCCCUCCUGUUUCUCAUAAUAUCCAGCGAGGAAACUGGAAGACAGGUAGCACGUCCAGCACAUCAAGCACUGAAAGCAACAGACUCAGUGUUCAUAGUGUUCAAAGCUGCAGCAGCGGCACAGAGCCUGAUAUAGAGGACACAAUAGAAAAUCUACCACCUCCUCCACCACGACCUCAGCGGCUGUCUGAUGCUGCAUCUGACAUGCCUCCACCGAGGAUUCCUCCACGGAUCCCAGAAAGGGUGCCAGAGAAGAUGGGGCAUGAGCGCUACAUAUCCCACCCUACUCGAGCACUUCCUCAAAGACCAUCUCACAAACAAACAGACUUACCACCUCCUGUACCUCGUCGCCUGCGGUGAUUGAACGACAAAUGCUGAUUUUUUUCUGGGUUCCGUCUUUGUAGUUACAGGUUGUUUUUUCUUGUAAGAAGGAAAUAUGUGUUGAAAAGCAGUUUCUUCUGUGUUCUUCUGUAGAUAAGUAAGUUUAGAUAAUUUAAUGAGAAACAUCCACACAGAGCGUUUGUUUGCUUGUUUUUUCUUGUAUUGAUUUGAGGAAUCAGUUUACCUUAUAAUUAUUCAGUUACCAUAAUUCCAGUGGAUAUGUGAACGAUAUUUAGUAUGUUUAUGAUGUUGUCUUUUUCUUCAUUGCUGUGAUAUAAUAAAACUAAUCAAAGUGUUUUA